AGCGUCUGUACAAUCUAUCAACAUUGGCUCCUCACUCACUCUCUCACUCACUCACUCACUCCUCCUCCUCUUCCUCCUCGCUAUCAUCUACGGCCAUCUCAUCGGGCUGCUCUCAAUCUGCCCCCUUGCCGACAUGCAGGUAGUGCAGCCUCUCCAUCUCCCGCCUGGGAGCGAUGGCCAUCUGCUUGGCCUCCUCGAAGCCGUACUUGUUGCAGGAGAAGGACUUGGUCUUCGUCUCGCCGCCUUGCCUCCAUUGCGCCUGCCAUGCGCCCGUUCUGUAGUGGACGCCCUUGACCCCGCUCUGGUGCUUAGCCGGCUCCCGCACAGAUGCCCGCCGCAACGCUCCAUCUCGCGACGAUGCUCCUCUGCCAACGCCUGACAUACACAUAUACAGAGAGUCGCGGCGGUGGUUGUGUCGCGGCGGCGGCCAGCGUUGAGUCGUCCCAUUCGCCCGUAGAACUAUCAUGUUGAUACACAACAGAGAAGAUGCCCUUCGCCUUUAUGUUUUGUCGUGCUAUAUUUGCAUUCACCCCACCUCCUCGCGCCACUUGAGAAACCCCUCCUCUCAAUCGCAUCAUGCGCAAAUGGAACGCCUGCCUCCCCCUCUGGGUCCUCUGUAAAACAAACACGAAGUGACCGUAAAACAAAAGGGGCGGCAUGUCAAUUUCUCACCGCGCUGCACAACGCGCGAUAGGCCACAUAUACAACGGGCACAUAUACCAUCC